CCGGGCCGAAGCUUAUGGCUGGUUGUACCGUUGCAUCCCGCAUCUUAGCUGCUAACGUUAUCUAUGUACUGCUGUCGCCCGUAGGUAUAUUCCUUAUGAAUAUAUAAGAUGUCAAACGUAAGUAGUAUUUGCGGGAUUGUUCCACUUAUAAGUUAUAACAUCACUGCUAUAAGUUCAAUUUAGAUUUCUACACAUAGUUGCUUGUCUAACCACUUAUUAUGAGUGGCUGCCAGAGAAGUCGACAAAGCCUCCUUCUAUUACUUGAGGCCAAAGAACGACGUAGAAUAGAGGGGUCUCUGGUGUCGGCACUGCCUACUAGCUUGACAUACACUACUUCGCGUUAGCAAUCCCAUCAGAGGCCGAAACUGCAAAUUACUAUGAAGUGCUCACGCAACCGACGGAUAGUCUCAUUAUCUUUACCUUUAAUGAUAUCAUUUCUUUCCAACGGCACUCCAUCUAGCACAUAUUUAUCUGCCUACCUAGUAAUGCAGCAGUGUUGUAUCCUGAACGGCAUCUCAGCUUCUUACUCAACCUGGUUGGUUGGGACUACUCUUAGGUAUUACCUAGGUAUGUAUGGUGGCGUGGUACUAUAUCGGCAGGCUUCGAGAAGUCUAAGAGCAAAGCUCAGGGGUAUCUAGCUUAUAAUGCUUAUAGCCGUAUAUAUAGACCGGGAUGUACGGCUUAAUUGCACAAUAUGCGAUAGUGAGCGUUCUUCAACAACGUUUGAGCAC